AGGGCAGCGAUUUCAAAGACAGUUGCAGUCCGGGACCAUCAACAAGCGAAGGCGAGGUACAAUCUGCAUACGGCUUAUCAAAACAGUAAACAUGGGACUAUCAACAAAGCUGAUUUUUUUGUCUUUCCUGGCCAUUUACUUGGCUCAAGGGACAUUGGCAACGUCUACUCCUGAACCGACAACUGAACCAAAGGCAGAAACAAGCACACCUGAGCCAGAACCAACUUCUGAGCCAGAGAAGGUAAAACCAGAGCCAGAGGACAAGUCUCCUUCUGCAGAGGAAAUUGCAAACUAUGCUACACUAGGUGUUCUGGUUGGCAUCUUCUUCAUCACGACUAUUGUGUUUGGUUUGCUUUGGUGGAGGGUGCGUAAAAACUUAAAGCAAGUACAAGCUGCCAACCAACUGCCCCAGAAACCAGGCCUAACGGUUUAGCAGACGAUGGUCCAAUCGUUGAUCACAUUUUGGACAUGUGACUGUUUCUUUGUCAAUUAUGUGUUUUUCUUUGAUAAUACGCUAAAUCUAGAAGGUUGUUGCUCUUUUUUGUAAAUAGGCUUAUUUAUACUUUUACUUGUAUAUAUUCUUGCCUAAAUUUCUUGUAGUUCGUAUAGACGAUUGCCGUAAAUGCAUUUUCAGCUUGAUAAUCGUAAGAUGUAUAAGGAUAAUUUGAUACAUGAAAAAGAUAUGAUAACAAAACAAGAUCGAUUGUAACUUUA